AUGGCUGAUACUCAAACUGGUACCAACGGCCACGCAGGUACACCUUAUGAGGAUGGGAGAAGUACUAUAGCUGUCCUUAUUGUGUCCAUUCUUUUCGGAGUCCCAGCAGGUGUAUACGGUGCAGGAAACGACGAGAUGAGUGCUCUAUUUAACUUCAGCAACUCUGGGUUUCCCUACUUAUUCUUCGCUAAAACUUCCUGGAAUAUUGGGGCUGCAAUAGUUCCCUUACUAUUUGUUCCGUUGACGGAAACUUCAGCUCGUAUACCUGGAUACUUUGCCAGAGAAGCCAAGAAAUGGCGCAAAAAUAAUCCAGACGAAGAGCCACGCUAUGCGGAAGCUGAGAUUGAUAUGCCAUCUGUAGCCACUCGACUUGAGGUCUCAUUCAAGCGUCCAAUCAAGAUGCUUUACACUGAAUGGGUCGUGUUUUCGCAAACUCUUUGGGUGUCAUUCGCGUGGGGUCUGCUAUUCCUCUUCCAAUCCUCCGUUACUCAAAUCUUCUCCACAAAUUACAACUAUAACACCUUUCAGACCACCCUCAUUCAACUGUCUCUUAGCGUUGGUGCCAUUAUCGCUACUCUUGUAAAUCCGAUUCAAGACCAUCUAUAUCUGCAGUCCGCAAAACGUUCCAAGACAGGAACACCCAUCCCAGAAGCCCGGCUCCAUUCCUCCAUUCCCGGUUCUCUGUUAUUUACAGCAGGUCUGUUCUGGUAUGGUUGGUCAUCCUACCCUUUUCUUCCCUGGAUUGUCUCCACGCUCGGUAUUGGUUGUGUCGGCUUUGGAAUAUAUUCCAUCUACCUAGCUGUAGUGAAUUAUCUGACUGAUUCCUACGAAAAGUACAACGCUUCCGCGCUGUCGGCAGCGUCAUUGGGGAGAAAUACGUUUGGGGCUUUCUUGCCACUAGCAAGUCCAGCACUCUACACUAACUUAGGGUUCCAAUGGGGAAGCUCUUUACUAGGAUUCGUAGCAUUAGUGUUAGGUCUAGCUCCGGUGUUAUUGUUGGUCAAAAAAGAGGAGAUUAGAAAGAGAAGUCCUUUUAUGAAAGAGGCAACUUUUGCGAAAGAGGCACGCCGAACCAUAGAGGAUGGUGUGUAA